AUGGGGAUCUCGGACGAGCCCGUGGACGAGAUGGGGGACCCUCCCAUGCGUAUGGGGCUGGUCGACGGCAAGGCCUGGCCGGACGUGUACAAAUACAUGGAUCAAUUCGAACUCAAACAUCCGGGACGUCGCAUUAAGUUGGUAAUUCUAUUGCGGCAUGGAGAAGCCACACACAAUGCCACUAAAGCUCGUGUGGGCGAUAAAUUGUGGGAGGAGGAGUACGAGAUGCGGGCCGAGUUUAUCGAUGCCCCACUCACAGAUCACGGCAGGGAACAGGCUGAUGCCGCAGCGUCGAUGCUGGAAAAGCAGAUCGCCAAGUGCGGCCUUAGGCUGCAGCGUAUCUUCGUCUCCCCAUUGGACCGCACACUGCAGACUUACGACCGAGUGUUCACCCGAAUGCGGGAUAUCCCUGUGUCUGUCGUGGAGCUUGCACGGGAGACGUUGGGCGUCGUUAACUGCGACCGUCGCAAACUCAUGACUCCAAAGCAGGCCGCCUAUCCGCAAUUGGACUUUAAUCACGUAGCUAGUGAGAAUGACACGUGGUGGCAGCCUGAUCACCGUGAAACAAGCGAGGAGAUUGCCAAGCGAGCCGCAGAAUUUCUGGACGAAGUAUUCUACAAGAAAGACGAAAGCUGCGUGCUCGUUGUCUCGCACAGCGGCUUUAGUCGCGGGUGCUUUGCGGCUGUGGGCCACCGCUACUACCGGCCGAGAAACGCAGAGUUCAUCCCGUUGUUGAUCACGGAUGCCACAGAGGAGGAAUUGCUGCUAGAUACAUCGAGUUUGCUUUAG